AGCACACGACAUCAAAUCCCGCAACCACCUGAAGAUCUUGUGGUGGUGGCCAUGACGCCACGCAAGUUCUUUCAUGAAGGCUCCUAACGGAUAAGGAUGCGAAAUGUAUAUUUUCAUUCAAAUGUGGGGUGCAUUCGGCAGGUCUUGCCGCAUUUUGUGAGCUCGCUGAUUUUACUUCAGCCAGGGUUCCCAUCUAUAAGCCAUGCAGAUAAGAUUUUUGUUUCAAGUAAUCUCAAUCUUUCUUUAUAGACAACAUUUAUGGCUUUAGACUACUUUUCAAAUCAGCAGCGACCAUUUUGCGACCAGCGAGCAUUCUGUGUGUACAAGGUUUGUGUGGGGUCAAUUCACGUUAGUUCAGGAUUGAGCUAUCAGCUGAUAUUAUUUUGCCGACUAAACGCACUAUACAGAAGAUAUUUAAAGUGCUCCUGUGUGUACAAGUUUGGGUGGGUUAAAAUCGCGUUAGUCCAAGAUCGAGCUAUCAGCUGAUAAUAUUUUGGCGGCUAAACGCACUAGCGUUUUUCAUAAUGCUGUGUUUCAAAUCUCGUUUCUCAUUCGUUUAGGUUUAAGCAUUUUAAAACGCAAUAUUUUUUUGUUGCAAUUGUUAUUGUUGAGUGCAAUCACGCAUUUCCGUGAACACAACACGGAAGAUAUAAUAUAAAUACGUCCCUUUAUUUGAUAGAUACAAGGAUUUUAUUUACUUUUUCACCUUAUCGUUGUUUAUUGUAUGCAGUGGAACCUCUUCGGAAUCUUGCCCGAAAAAUCUCGGGAUCUCCCGGGGACUCUUCCUAAAAAUGUACAUUUUCUAUCCCUUAGGGUAUAAAAUUCGCCCCAAGUGCUAUCCCUUAGGGUAUUUAAAAAAUCUGCUAUCCCUUAGGCCUAGUACAUCCGCUCUUAUCAUGAGCCGUACCAAACUGAUGCCAAUAGUGCUUGAAAAUCGCUGCGUUAAAAUCGAUUCUACAUUGCCGGUUUGAUUUAGAUAAACUUUCACACAAUAAGUAUAAGUAACUUGGAUUUGAUAAUAUUGUGCGGGUCAGAUUCAGCAGGCAAGAAAUAGCAGUAAUGGCGGAAAAAAAACGCUGAGCCACGAAAAUCCUGAGCGUUCGCACACUGGAUCAUCGCGGAAGUUUUGGAAGCUAAAACAGUAGCCUCCUUUGCUCUUUGUGUCGGUCCUCCCCAUUCUAGCUUCUAUGGGGAGGAUCUGAGACAGACACUAAGAGCGGCUGCAAAGGAGGCUAAAACCUCAGACGAAGAGGCUAAGGUUUUAGCCUCGAAUCCUGACCCGAGUCCUCGCUCGGUAAUUAGUACAUCUAGUCACAUAAGGGUGUUUAUUGGCAGCAUUAUGACAUGACGGAAAAGCCUGGAAAAUGCGCAAUUCGUUAUAGAGAAAGAAGGCACAUUUUUUUUACAAUUGCCACCGGUUCCUGUAUUCCGGACUGAUUUUCAAAACACAAAUAACGUGAGGCCGAAAUGCAUAUACCCAGAUUUAAAAGACACUUUACAAAAGUCGCAUCAUUUAAAAAAAAAAAAAAGUCGCAUUUGAUAUUUGUUUGAUAUUACUCACUAAGUACUUAGGGGAAUUUUCUGCCUUAUUAGAUGUCAAAUUUGCUUAUUUGAAGCGUCAUGUCCUGUUUUCCGUCAUGUCUACACAUUAUACAUAUCACGGACGAGUAGUCACGCCGUUGCUAUAGUGAUACCAUGAUGCUAAACAACUAUCUACAAGGCUACUAGCGCCGAUUAUCCUGUUGGAAUGUCUUAGUCACCGGGCUUUUUGAGAUCUUUGUAUGAAUCAGGGAAACACUUUUUAAGUGAAUACUCGGGAACUGAUUAGAAACAAAAGGAACGGAACGUUAGUCUAGUUCUUUUAUCAUAUUCGAGAAAUGAUGACUUGAAUUGAUACACGCGACAUGUGGCUUUCGCACUGAAAAUUUGCAGAAGUCAAAAUUUGAUAGCUUAAAUUACUUUGAAACCGAGAAAGCUGUCAUAGAAAUAAUGCCUCGAACACAGAGACCUAGAGUUCCAAGUGCAAGCUCCACAUCUUUAGAUUCGCCUUUUAGUUUCCAAGCUUUAGUUGACUUCGACGCAACAAAAAGUCUCCUGCGGUCGCGAAGUGACUGCUUUCUUGAAUCAAAGCGCUCGCAAGACAAAGAGCGUCAAAGAAAGAUUCUCGAUGAGAGCACUGUAUGGGAUAUACAGCCACCCGACUUUAGACUGCAGCUUUACCAGCCAAAGCCUGUUAAAAGGAACUCAAGAGCAGCAAUGUUGAAGAACUACAACGAGGAAGAUUGGAGACUACAACACAGUGACCGCCGAAGAGAGCGUGUAGUUUUCGAGCGUGUUCCUCUACCGAAAAUUUUACAGAAUGAUUCUGGGAAAAGUAGAAAUUUUGUUACGUCGUUUAGAGUUCCUGACUCACAUGCAUCCAAGAUAAUGUUUGUCAAGGAGGGUAAAUUUAACCCUGGGAGUUACAAGACGCCGGGGCCUCACAUGUUCCGAGGGGAUGAUUUUAGGCCGCUUAUUCCCCCAAGUCAUUACGGAAAACCAGAGUUCGAAACAUUCUACGAGCACGAUCCCCAAGGCCUAAAGGCAAAAUCUCAAGGGCUGAGAGUUUUAUGUGAAGCUUACAGAGAUUUACAGAUGCAGUCACCUGAUGGGUACCAAAAACAGAUGAUAUCAUACAAAGCACCUGAUCCAAAAUGGGAUGCCCAACUAAUGCUGCCUCAAGGGGCAUAUAGGAAACAUCACUCUGCACCAAGUGCUCUGAUGCAUCAGAUAGAAAAACAGCUCCCAUGGUGCCCUGAUCGAGACAAAAUCGAACCAAUUAUGAGACCAGAUAUCUAUGAUUACAAGACAAAGGACUGGAUUGCUGUGACUGGCCAUAGUCCUGAAGAGGCUACUAGAAUAUAAUGCCAUGCGUGUGGGUAACAGAGAAGAAGUGGUCUUGGAUUGGGUCAAAAGGGCUGCAACCUCCCCAAUUUUCUGAAAUUUUGCUUAAAAAGCAGAAAUAUAGGAAAAUUCAUGGAAUAAUAAUUCUUUCUUGAAUAAGAAGUAAAGCAGCAGUAUAUCACCAAAUGUAUGUAAAUUACAAGUCAGACAUUGAUGGAGGAUAUAAGUUUUUUUACACUGCAAUUUCUAUACCAUUUCCAAGUUUGAAAGAAUGCGUAUGAAAAAUACACCCAAAAAAUGUAAAUACCUUGUAAAUACCAAGUGUUUUAAAUUUUAGUAAAUAACAGCCAUAACACCAUGACCAUGUUUAUACUAGAAGUUUCUAAUAGAAAGUGAAUGCUCGGAGGACGGGACGAAAAAGACCGCUUAUCAGCAUGAAAUCAAAAUACAAAUCAGCUGACUGGGAACCCUGUGGUGUGGACACGAAAAAUCGCAUCCACUAAAUGAAACUCGCGCAUGUGCAAAAAGGACCGCUGCUCAGCAUGAAAUCAAAAUACAUAUCAGCCAACUGGGAAACCUGUGGUGUGGACACAAAAAAUCGCAUCCACUAUAUAAAACUUGCGCAUGCGCUAAAAGGACCGCUGAUCUGAAUGAAAUAAAUAUACAAAUCAACCGAAAGGAAAGCCUGUGGUGUGAUACCAAGAUUACACUUGCUCUCCGGUCGCUGCGCUCCCUCCGAGCAAUCAUGCUUAGGUAGGGUGAGAGUGAAAAAACAGCAUCAAAUAAAGUGGGGAAACAUCAGGAUCCUACACUUUAACCUAAAUUAAUCAGAUAUCUAUGUCAAACUGCUAAGUUUGACUCAAACUGCUAAGUUUGACUCACUUGACAAUUAGUUUUUAAAUCAUCCUGCUACGCCUUUUCUUACUUUAGAAAAAUAAAUGAGGAGAUUUUAUAUUAGGUAGAUUGAAUUUCAAUAUGACAAGUGGCAAUCACACCAGUUUACUUCCAGUCAAUUUAUUCAAGGUUGUGACUGUAAAUAUAGAGCAGCCUGUUAAAUAGCUUGGAUUAUUUGUAAGUUAAGGUUUCUGUCAACUCAGCAGAAGUAGUCUAGUCCAAUUGCUGCUUUGUAGAGAUGAAGGUUACUACUGCAUUGAAAAAUAACUAUUACAACAUACAUUGUUAAAGUCAAAUAAAUGGAUAUUGGAUUUUACAUCCUAUUAAAAAUACAUACAUUAUCUACUCCCAAAAAA